CAGAUGUCAAGCUAAUAUUCCUCAUCCACAAGAACAGAAGAAAUUUUUGUUAUUCACCUCACCCAUCGCUUUCAUUAUCCUCGUUCCACAACCUCACCAUGCCCAUGACACCCUUCUUUUAGACGCUCAAAAUCGUUCACCAAAAUUCACAGAAGUAGCCUAUAUAUUACAUAUACAAAGUCUUAUCACUAUACUAUAAACAAAUCUCACUCUCACUAAACUUCUCUUCACCCGCAAAAUGUCGACCGCUCCUCUUUCCGGCUUCUUCCUCACCUCUCUUUCUCCUUCUCAAUCUUCUCUCCAAAAACUCUCGCUUCGUUCUUCUCCCACCGUUGCUUGCCUUCCUCCGUCCUCUUCUUCUUCCUCCUCCUCCUCCUCGCGUUCCAUUCCCACACUUAUCCGUAAUGAGCCCGUUUUUGCCGCUCCUGCGCCCAUCAUUACCCCUUAUUGGAGCGAAGAGAUGGGUAGCGAAGCAUACGAAGAGGCCAUUGAAGCUCUCAAGAAGCUUAUUAUUGAGAAGGAGGAGCUAAAGACGGUUGCGGCGGCCAAAGUGGAGCAGGCCACGGCAGCACUUCAGACAGGUACAUCCUCCGACAAGAAAGCUUUCGACCCCGUAGAAAACAUUAAGCAAGGCUUCAUCAAGUUCAAGAAGGAGAAAUACGAAACCAACCCUACCUUGUACGGUGAGCUCGCCAAGGGUCAAAGUCCUAAGUACAUGGUGUUUGCUUGUUCGGACUCGCGUGUGUGUCCAUCGCACGUUCUAAACUUUCAGCCAGGAGAGGCCUUCGUCGUCCGUAACAUAGCAAACAUGGUUCCUCCUUUUGACAAGGUCAAAUACGGUGGAGUUGGAGCAGCCAUCGAAUACGCUGUUUUGCACCUUAAGGUGGAGAACAUUGUGGUGAUAGGACACAGCGCUUGUGGUGGGAUAAAAGGGCUUAUGUCUUUCCCCUUAGAUGGAAACAAUUCCACUGAUUUCAUAGAGGACUGGGUCAAAAUCUGUUUACCAGCCAAGUCAAAGGUCAUAUCAGAACUUGGAGAUUCAGCAUUUGAGGACCAAUGUGGCCGAUGUGAAAGGGAGGCAGUGAAUGUUUCACUAGCAAACUUGUUGACUUAUCCAUUUGUGAGAGAAGGACUUGUGAAAGGCACACUUGCUUUGAAGGGAGGAUACUAUGAUUUCAUAAAGGGUGCUUUUGAGCUUUGGGGACUUGAGUUUGGCCUCUCCGAAACUAGCUCUGUUAAAGAUGUGGCUACCAUACUACAUUGGAAGCUGUAGGAACUCUUUCAAGCUUUUAUCCCGUUCACAUUUUCAAUUCAACCGUUCCAACUUGUUCUUUCUAUGUAGCUCAUCAGAAAACCAUUAGCAUUCUAUUUUAUAAUCAAACAUGAAGAAUGCAUGCAGAUGGUAUUUUGAUUUCUCAAGAUUUCAAAAUCAAAACUUUAUAGAAUAUAUCAGACCAAAGUGAGCAAUAAGGGCAUCUCUAAAACGUUUGUUGUUAGGCAGACUUCUGACAGUUUUUAUUGCCAACUAAUUCUGAGUCUAUACCAUCAUUUGUCCCCUUACCGUUUUGAGCUCUAUCGGUCAUCAAAACAUAUGAGAAAUGGAGCGUAUUAUUUAUAGUGUUUGUAUUUUUUUUA